AUGGCAUCUAAUAUGACCCACACUCUUGAUCCCCAAGAGCCAACUUACAUCAACGAUAUCAAAGUCUACCACAAAGGUCUUCCCGGUGUUUUCCGAAUCGAAAGCGAAAACCUCGAUGUCCGUCUGAAAGCCGUAGUUAAUUCCCACGGCAAGAUAUCCGAUAUACAGUUCAAGAACCGAAAUGGAGAGCAGAUGAGGGAUCAGAUAUUUGCUGAUAUACGGGGAAGUCUUUACUUUACGGGAAGUGCUCGCCUUGCCCAAAUUGUCAUUGUUAUGAUGGGGAUUUCCUGUGAGACGAUUGGUGAACCGGAGCGAGUUUCUAUGGUGGUUGGCCCUGAUGCUGAGGGAUAA